GGAGAAAUGUGUGAAUGAAAUAAAAAUAUAUUAAAAUUAAAAUUAGAAAACAAUAAUAUGAGCAAAUAUAUUAUAAGUACUAAGAUUGUUAAAUUAUUCGGAUUUACUGAACUUCAAAUUGAUGUUGGAUUGCUCGUCGUUGUGUAGUAAAUACUUAAAGGAAGAUGGUUACUUAUCUGACCUCCGGUUGGUGUAAAGCUGAAGAGAUGUUGGGCAGAGUAAAGCAGAUGUUGAUACUUGGGGUUCCCUCUUCAGAGUUGGGUUACAAGCCACAGCAGAGGCUGGAUACGAGCCUAGUUAGGUCCACGAUUAGGUUCAAACUUGAUUUCUACUUCAUGUAGGAUCAGUGUUGUUAUUCGGACUACGAACAGGUGUUGAACUACAGGUUGUGUACGGAAGGCUGGUACAACUCUAGUAUGGACAAUCCACAGGAAGGACUCCAAUACAAUUCAAUAUUCAAAAUAGCUCCAGUGAAGAAUGGCAAAACUUCACAAGCAAGAAAUAUGACAAUAGAAAACGAACGAAAAGGGAAAGAAGGAAAUAAAUAAAUCUAUCUCAGCUAAGGAUAAGGACAAUACUAACUUUGGGUCUUGUGCGGCCUCGAUUAAGUCUUUCAGAUUGCUAUAUAAUUUUACCGAAACAUGUCAGGCGGAGACGUCAGCGAGCUAGAUCCCACCGUUGCCGGUUGUCAAGAAUUAGUUCGACAGUUGGAGAAAUGCCUGAGCGAGAGCAAAUGGAAAAGACUCUUGGGAGGAUGCAGUGACUUGGUUAUCCAAGUUGACAGAUGCAACAGGAGAUUGUUUGAGUUGCGGAGGCAGGCAAACUAUCAGAAAUCGUUGGAGGAGAAGAAAAAACUGCAAGAACGCUUUAAAGCUCAGAAAGAAGAAAAAUCUGCGAUUAACUGAAAUAGUGUAAUGAUGGAAUAAUUAGCACCAAUGAGGAUGCGUAAUGGAGAGGAAGCUUCCUGUGACGUCACGAGAGUUCGUCAUGGCCGCUCUGAUCUGCAUUGCUCUUUCCGGCGCAAGCGCGCUCGUGAGAAGGGAGGACAUCGAAUCAAGUUUGGACAUCAUUCACGAAGUGUCAACCAACAGUUUGGGAUCUCUUUGCGUGACCGAAUCCUUUCGUUCUCUCAGCGUACCUCUGGACACGCUGAGGUUCGAACCUGCCAGACAAAAAGCAGACUUGGCAGCCACGCUUCUACAGGACUUGGGACUGGCAUAUCACAAUGGCUUAGAAGACGCAAUGUCAAAAAACAUCCUCGUCUCCGACCCUACAGUGUUGUCGGCUCGUGUGCUCGCGAUGAACGCCUCCACCGGUCUCUUGGUGUACUGCACCUGGUGGCAGAAACAAGGGCUGGAGAUGGGCGGACCCAAGAAAAUUAAAGAAAAUAUCAUGGAGUUGGGGCAGAAACCCAGCACCGAUUUUCCUUGGUACGAAGAUGCUGAUUCGAGCCCAACUUUGCGGUCGCCAAAAUUCAUUGAAAGUCCACCCAACGUCUCUUACAGAGGUUGGUGGACAUACCCGUACUACUCUUGCUCAGCUCGUAGAUGGUUGAUCUCAUACAGUGUUCCUAUUCCACCACCAGGCAGAAUGGGAAUUAAGGGAUUUCUUAGCCUAGACGUGGAUAUAUCUCAUUUGGAAGUGGAUCAAUGCGAAGCUCAAUUAGGAUCAGCCUCGACAAACACUAUGACAGUCUUCCACGGAUCUCACAAAUGUCACAAUCUCACUUCACAGUGUAUCACAAAAUUUUCACUGCAUACGUCAACAUGGUCCAGAGGAAGAUACCAGUGCCAUUGUAGAAAAGGAUUUUAUUCACCGUAUCAUGGGGGAAUCUUCAACGGAUCAUUGGUUGAAGUGGCUUGGGAGGAAAAACUAGAAAACUCGAGUGACUCGUGGGGCAGCAUUUUUCAAUGUAGACAGUGUGCUCCUGGCUGUCAUUUUUGUGUUGACGAAUCUCCGUGUUUGGCCAGCUAUUCCUGGCCAUUCAGAAUCACUUUACUCACAGUUAGUAUAAUUUGCGUGUUCUUCACCAUUGUUUUGAACUGUUAUAUGUUCAAACACCGAAAACUCAAGGUAUUCAAAGUUGCAAGUCCGAUAUUUUUGAGCAUAACGCUCUUGGGAUGUGCCACUAUGUAUUUAGAGAUGGCUGCUAUUUUUCCAGUUCUGGACAUGUACUCCUGCAUAGCGACCAAAUGGUCCAGGCAUUUGGGUUUUUGCGUGACCUACACCGCUCUGCUAAUGAAGACCUGGAGGGUAUCUUUAACGUACCGAGUGAAGUCUGCUCACAAAGUUAAACUGACUGAUAAGCAACUGCUGCAAUGGAUGGUGCCAAUUUUGCUGGUGAUGUUGAUAUACCUAGGUACUUGGACGUUGUCUGAUACUCCCACAGCUGAAGAGAUUGUUGAUAACGACGAUUUAAGGUUCAAGCAGUGCACUUACAACUGGUGGGAUCACAGUUUAGCCAUAGGUGAAGUGCUGUUUCUUGCCUGGGGUAUUAGAGUGUGUUACAACGUCAGAAAUGCGGAAUCACUUUAUAACGAAGCCAGAUUGAUCAGUUAUGCUAUUUACAACAUCGCUCUUGUCAACAUUCUGAUGAUAGCCUUUCACCUGUUCAUUUUUCCGAAGGCAGGGCCGGACAUAAAAUAUUUGCUGGGUUUUAUACGAACGCAGCUCUCCACAACAACAACAAUAGCUCUGGUUUUUGGUCCCAAGGUCAUUCGAGUUUUGAAGGGCCAAGGUGACCAAUGGGACAACAGGGCAAGGUCUAGAGGAGUCACAGCAUCGUUUUCCUUGAACGGUAUUGGUUUGGUACCAGAAGAAGCUCCAGAAGAUUUGUACCAAGAAAACGAGGAGUUAAAAGAAGAAAUCCAAAAACUGGCGGCCCAGAUCGAGUUCAUGAAGAUCGUUCACAUGGAAAUGAACAAUCGUCACAUCAAGCCGAAAGCCGGGGGGUAUUUCACCUCCCUGAACGCUCCCAUGGUGGUGCACAGCCCCCUGACCAAGCAGGGCUUGCUCAACAAACCUCCCGAGGAGCUGUGACAAACGGAACAGGCUCCUGCCAACGUUAGUAGCAGGAGACGCAGCUGUAAGGAGUGGCUGAGAUUGGAGUUUGUACUGAAGCAAACAGGGGAGUCUGUAGUGGUUGUAUAACUGACUCUACGAAGUAAUAUGGAUUUUUUUUGUUGUCUGUAGGCGAGUAGUUUACUUCAUUUAGAAUAGCUUGUUUCAUCUCAGUACUUCAAAGUUUUAUGAGGCGGUGUCGUUGAUUUUUUCAGUUAUGGCUCUGAUAUUCAAAAUUAAAAAACACGUAACUUUUUUAUCAACAGCUAUAGGGUUGGUGCAUUCUCCGCCGG